UCCUCUCCCCUCCCCGCCACCGGCUUCCCGGAGCCCCCGGCCGGUGCAGCCGAUGGAGCCCCGGUCCGAGCCGGCGCCGCGGGGCAUCGUCUAACGGGCAAGAGGAGCCCCCUGCCCUCCCCUGCCCUCCCUCGCCCUCCCCUCCACCACCUCCCACCCAGGGGUCCGGGACGCCUCUGCCCACCCCCGACACUCCGGACAGUCCGGACAGUCCGGCCCCGAUCCGCCAAAGGAGAGGAUGGACUCCCUGUCCCUGGAGCACCAGAUCCAGCGGGUGCAGCGCCAUAUCGCCUUCCUGAAGAAGGAACAGAUGGAGCUCCUACGGGACCUGCACCUCGAGAUCCUGCGUCUGCAGAAGCACUGCACAGAACUGACUCAGGACCUAGAAAGGAAGGAGUCCCGGACCGACCAACAAGAGGUCGUGGACCGCCAGCUGGAGGAGCAGUGCCGGGCCAUGGAGGCGCAGCUGGCGGAGCGGGAGGGCAGCAACGCGGAACUGCGCCGGGAGCUGCGGCAGCGAGAGGCCCUGGUGGCCGCCCUGCGCUCCAGCCUGCGCAGCAAGGAGCGCCAUUUCCUGGAGGAGCUGAAGCGCCGGAGCCACGGGGUCACCGUGCUCGACACGGAGCUGCGCAAGCAGACCGAGGCGGCGGCCUACCUGUCCCUGCAGCUCCACGCCUCCAGGCAGAGACUGCACGGGCCCCGGGGGUCGGCGGGGGGCCGGCUCCCCCCUGACCGGGCGCCCCCACCCGCGGAGCCCCGGCCCAAGAAACGCAGCCACAGAGCCCGGAGGCCGCCGGCGGAGCUGGGGGGCCUGGGGACCUUGGGGGGCCGCGCCGGCGGGGGCUUCGGAGAUGCCGACCCCAUGCCCGACCCGGCUCUGUUCCUGUCGGGCCGGAGGCACCACUUGCCCAAGGCCACCGGCCCCCAGCCCCGGGCCAGGCCGGAGGGUGAGGGGACGGCCCCGGGAGAGGGCAGCCCCUGCAAACCUGCCAGGCCCCCCGCCGAGGAACCCCCGGACCCCCCGGGUGCUCCACCCCCCAGGGCCCGGCCCUGUCGGAGCCAGCACAGCCGACGCCGUGGGCCCAGUCCCCAGAGCUCCGCCGACCUGGAGUAGCCCCAAAGGGAGACCGGGAGACCGGGGGGCCGUGGGGGGCCAAGGAGAGCCCAGGGGCCAGGGCCCCUCUCCCAGCCCCACCGCCCCUCCUCUCCCAUCUCCCCUCGACCCCCUGCCCACUCCCGCCGUGGGCCGGGAGCGAGACUGCGUUCGUCCAAUCGUCCCGGGGGCAUCGGCCGGAGGUGCCCGCCCCUGGUAGGUCCGGGGAGGGGGCAGGGGAGGGACAGGUCAGGGAGGCCAGAGAGACUCCCCCUUUUAGAGUUCCAAACUUUCUGAGCUUCCAGCCCCCACCGCCUCUCCUCUCCCUUCCCCCAGCACCGGGAUCCUGGGGCAGGGGAGGGGCAGACAGAAUUUGCACAUUUUUGUAAGAGAAAAUAUGAGUUAUGGCUCGCUCUCAGUGGGCUGUUCUCUCCUUCUCACAGAGAGGGGAGCUGCCAGUGCCCUCUGAGGGGCCGAGGAGAGCCGGCCAGCCCUCUCGGGUGGGCUCCGAGAGAAACUCCCCCCCAGCCCAGGGGGGCAGAGGGUGCCCUGCAUGCAUGAGUAGCGAUGGGAUCAACAGUGGUGCUCGGGAUGACGGUUAUAUUCUUCCCGUUCUGCCGCCCACCCGCCCAGGGUCAGCCCCUGCAGGCUUGGGUCCACUGACCACCCGCCCCGCCUGCCCGUCUCAUCCUGCUCUGCCCACUCAGCCAGCCUCGCCCUGCCCCGCCCACCCCAUCCUGCCCAUCCCGUUCCGUUGUGCAGGGCCCCAUGACUGUCCCGUUGCCUGGCACCUACCCUCUCAGCUGCUUCUGCCGCUGCGUUGGGUCGGGGGGAAGGGGGUUGGAGGACAAUAGAAGGGGUCAGCCCACCCUCCCGGGAGGGAACCCGAGGAGGCCCUGGCAUUGCUUUCCGCUUUCCUGAUACAACCAUCCACGGAGCUGGGCCAGGGCCCGGUGGGCCGGCUGACCUGGAGCAAGGGCGAAUUGGGUGCCUGACUGGGGUCCUGGGGGCUGGGUGGCUAGGAGCCCGUAGGAGGGACUGAUGAAUUGCCUGACCUGGGAAGGGGGGAUUGGCCGAACCCCCAUUUCCACAAAUGGCAGGUCAACCCCAAGCCCCCGCAGUUUAGGAGGAGUCCAGAGAGGUCUCUGCCCAGACAGGCAAGGGAGAGCCAGGGGGAGCUGAAGGGAGGAACAGGUGAGGAAAGGAGAGAGGAGAGGGGGUCCCGAGGCGGGCUACCAGAGCUCAGACCACCACUCCUCACCCAUGGGGCCAGGACCUCCCCAUUCCUGCCCCCUGACUCUUCUCGAGCUCUCCCUCCUCCCCCAGCAUCUCUUUCCCCGCCCCCAGAUUCUGAGCAUCAAUCUGCCCAUAGCUCUGAGAAGCAGGGGAGACAAACCCCGACAGGGCCAAGCUUCCGGCCCUUGGCCGGGGGCAGGGUCCCCGGCCCCCCAACCACAACACCGCAAAGAGGAGGCAGGCUUCAAGGCCCCGUCUGCUGGUGCUAAUUGCAGCCGCUCCCCAAUCAGCUGGCUGUGGCCAGAGGCAGGAGGGAGGGGCCGGCUGGCAGGGACAGCUGGCAGAGUCGCUGAAGCGUCUCGGGCCCGGAGGGGAGGCGGUGCCCUGGUCCCUGGCUCCCCGUCCCCCAGUUCUCCCCCGUCCCCAACAGCACCCCUGAAAGGCCGGAGCCGAGGGAGCUCUCUGCCGCUCCUUCGGCCCGGUGGGCAGGGAGACGGAGACAGCGGAGACGGUGACUCUCUGUUCCGGCUCUCUGGGGAAGGUCAGCCUCCUCGCACCCAGCUCUCGGGCCCAGCCUCUGUGGGGAGGGAGACCUGUUGGAAGGGUGGCCAGUGGGGAGGAGGCCCGGAACUGGACGGAAGGGAUCCUCGGGCAGGCUGCGGCACUGACGUCGGGGAGCGGGACUCUGGACCAAGCUAGGCCUGCUGCUCCUCCCCAUCCCUACCCGGCUCUCGGGUCUUGGCCCCCAGGGCUCCGCUGAGCUCUUCCUCUCCCCAAGGCACAAUUCCCACCCGAGACCCCCUGGUGAGGGAGCAUGAGGGCACCAGUGCCAGGACUUGCUGCCCCAUUAAGAUGGAGGAUGCCAAGUCAGCUCCAGCCCCGCCUCAACUCUUCCAAGGCUUAGAUGGACCCAUCCAGAAGCCCCCCCGGGCCAGGACAGCUCAUAGGGCCUUCUACAGGCUCCUCUCCCCCCAGAUCCUUUCCAAGAGACCCGUUGUGCAUUCAGCCAUAAUGUGCCUGUGACUGUCUUCCAAGCUGAGAGGUGGUGGCGUGUGAUGGGAGAAACCGGUUUCAAUACCACUAGGAGAUCGGGUGUUGGGAGGGGGAGGCCUGCCGAGCCAUCCCUAUUGCUCAGGCAGCAUCUACACUGACCAAUCACUCCCUGUGAACCCCCGAGUUCCCUGCAUAACCCGAUCUGUCCACACAGCCAGAGAGUUAGAGUUGACUCAACUCUCUUCCAGUUUCGGGUUGGAGUAAUCUGGACUGUUGAGGUUUUGCUGUCCUCCCAGAUAGCUGGGAUCCCCUCCCUCCCCAGGGUAGAAAAGUCUCUAUAGGGCAAGGGAGAGAGGGAGGCCAGAGGGAGUGUCUCUCCACUCUUGCCGAUUGACAGGUGGUGUCUAAAUGCGGAUGGGCGUGGCUGUGCGGAUGAAAUUCCAGGUGUGGGUCUGGGUGGCUGGGUUUAUGCGGUCUGUAUCACUGGGGAAAGGCGAGGAGCGCGUUCUGUCUCUGAGAGAGAAAGUGUGUGGGGCGUGGGUGUGGGUGUGUUGUCUGGGAGCUGUGAGUCUUCUCAUGGCUGCCUGUAUCUGAGGCAGAGAGGGACAAGCAGGGCAUUAGAAAUGAGUCAUUUGAGUAGCACACGGGCAACUGGAGCAGCUGGGAUUCAUGGGAGCAAGAGGGGGGGCUAAGGGAGGUGUAUUGUAUUCCCUGAGGGGCUUUUUGGAGAUGAGCCAGAGAGCAGCCAUGGUUUCCAAACAGCAGCUGCCUAAGGCUUCGUCCCCAACCCCCAUCUCCUCCUCUUCGCCCUCCCCCACUUUAUCCUGCCUCCACUCUCCUCACUGAUAAUAAUUAAUAAUUACUGUGGUAUAUGGCAAGCGCUUAAUAUGUGCCAAGCACCCUACUAAGUGCUGGG